GUUUGACUACUUUGAGAUUUAAUCACACUCUUCUCUGUUUCAGAUGACUUAGGAUCAUAAGAAGGAUCACCUCCACGAGGAUGAUAUCUGACGUUCUGCACUGGAUAUUAUAAGAGGAUGAAAAUGCAAUCUCUGUCACCAAAACCCGAACAAGUUAUAUGACCGAUCUCCUCGCAUCAGUCACCAUACUCCUCAACUAAAGAGUUAAUUGUUGGCCAUCUAUAGGAGGUCUUUUAAUCAAAACCAUGGUGGACAACCGCUAUACCACGGCUCUGGUCAUCGGCUCUGUGCUGAGCCUGCUCGCCACCGUCUAUCUCUCUGUUGCAAUGGGUACGCACAACUGGUACCAGUACCACAGCCAGCCGGCCAGCAACGAUGCCAACAAUGGCUUGGACCUGCAGGCGCUGCAGCAGAAAUUUGAGGGAGAGGACGUGAAUGAGAGGAACUACAGUGACGCUCUGUUCCAGCUGAACGGCACACUGGGUCUCUGGUGGCGCUGCAUUCGGGUGCCCAAACACUUGCCUGGUAAGGAGAGGAAAAUGACUAAAUGUCAGGCCUUUACUUUGCCACAGCAGUGGGAAACCAAGUACAACUCCCCGGGGAAUAUUAAAAGUGGAGAAGAUCUGCUGCGUACAUACCUGUGGAAGUGUCAGUUCCUGUUGCCGCUGGUCUCUGUGGGGCUGGUGUUUCUCGCCGCGUUGAUCGGAGUGUGCGCCUGUCUUUGCCGCAGUAUCACUCCCACACUAUUCGUAGGGCUACUGCAUCUGCUGGCCGGCCUGUGUUCCCUGGCCACCGUAUGCUGUUUCCUAACGGGCAUGCAUUUGUUACACAAAAUAUCCCAGCUCCCCGAGGGUAUGGACUAUUCUCUGGGCUGGUCCUUGUUUUUGGCUCUGGUCUCGUCACCACUGCAGAUCAUGGCUGCCGCGCUCUUCAUCUGGGCCGCGAGGGGCCACCGCCAACACUACACUCGAAUGAAAGCCUACAGGGUUGCUUAGGCAAUAGAGGACUGAUUAUAGAGUCGCCGAAGGGAUUUUCUGCUCUUACAGAAUGCAUUUAGCCAUGUUCGUUCAGCUGCUGCUUUUACCACUAACCAAGUUAAAGUUAUGAAGGAAAAAAUCAGUACAUACCGCUCAAAGUUAGUUGGCUAACUAAUGUCAUCCGUCCACCUGUCGCACUGUCCUGUGAAUAUAUUCAUUUCUUGAAGGAUCUUCCUACUAUAUACCUGCCUUUUUAACCACUCGAUUAGCAUCUGUGCUUCUGAAGAUGAGAAACUACACUUCUCAACCACAGACUCGCACUCAAUAACAGAAAAGCAUCUAUAAACCAUAAACCGCAGUUAUUCAGAGCUUCACCUUUUGUUUAGUCACACAGUUACUCAUUUUGAUGUGUUAGGUUUAGUUUCAUCUCCUCAGCGUGUUUUAAAUACUGUAUUUUUCGGACUAUUAGUCGCACCUAAGUAUAAGUCACAUCAGUCCAAAAAUACGUCAUGACGAGAAAAAAUAAAUCUUAAGUCACAUUUAUUUAUAACGGUAUAGACCGUAAUGAGCGCCCUCUCGCGGCUGUAGAUGGUAAUGUUUUCUCUUGGUUCUUGUCAAAUUAAUUUUGAUAAGUCGCACCUGACUAUAAGUUGCAUGACCAGCCAAACUAUGGAAAAAGUGUGACUUAUAGUCCGGAAAAUAUGGUAACAUCGGUGUUUUUUAUUCUAGCUACUCGGUGACAUCUUUAAGCGAUAGCAUCUUAGCACUUUGCAAUCCCAAGAUGUAAUGGGUUUUGCCUUGGCCUGAAAGACUUAAUGUUUGUGUCCAUAUAAGAAUUAACCACUUGAGCCUUUUUUUGGUUUUCUGAACAUUUGUUUGCUUAUUAUUUUUUCUUGUGCUUUGCAUUGGUUAUACUGUUGUUUACCAUUUAGUUUCUCUUUGAUAAUGUAUUUCACAUUUGUUUAGUGACUUGAUUAGAAUCCAUUUAUAAUGGUUUGUGAUGGUUCAAGUACAGUAGAAAUUUAAAACCAUCUCAGCUGUGGUUUAUAUUUUAUACUUCAGUUAAAAUAUUUAGCUGGUGCACAUUAUGUGAUUUUUACCAUGAUGUUGUUUUCGAUAUGCUUUGCAGUUUAGGAUUGCAUAAUGUGAGGUUAUGACAACUAAAUUAGUACAUAUAAAGCCACUCUAAACAUUGGUGAAAUUAGUGCAAAGGCACAAUUAUAUUGUAAAUUUUGUGUCACAUGAUGUGGACGAGUGAUUUAAAACAUCCAGUUACUGCUGUCAUUCAUCAUGUUUCAUGCACUUUUACUAAAUAUCUGUAGAUGACUUUCAGUCAGUUGUAGAUUUUACUCAAGGUUUCACUGCCAUCAUAUUAAUGCAAAAACCGCACCAGUGGUAAAAAUCACACUAUGCACAUCCAGCUUCACUUGAUCUCAUUGUGCCAUGUGGUUUAUUCUGAGUUGUAAUACUUGAGGUCACAUUUUUUUCAAGUGAGUGUGCUUUUUGUUUUGUCUCUUUAUUUUGAGUCCAUGAGAGGCUCCAUUUUCUCAAAGAAAUCAGGCGAGAGCAACAGCAUAUGAGCAAUACAGUCAAGAGGAUACCUCACACUCCACUGUGACAUCAUCAUGAAGUCAAUACUUCAGACGGUUUGCCUUUUUUAUACAGUUUUGUACACGUUCCCAUCAAGUGAACAUUUUGCUGGUCACAAUAAAUAUCUUUGCAUCCAAAA